UCAUGUACUAAGACUUGCGUGGAUUUCAUACUGAAACUUGGCGUACGCCAAAACCCAGAAACUGUCUUACGCACAAAUAAAUUCAGAUGUAUCAAAGUGUGCGAACGCAUGGAUCCAAGCACGUUUCUUUUGUACAUCUCAAUCAACGUGGAAUUGAGCGCACAUGCCGACGUGCCAAACUCCUCCCUGUCCACGCCCUCAUUUAAAUAUGCAAUUUCAUUUAAAUAGGCCUCUGGACCUGAGAUUCACCUCUUAAUCCGAUCCCCUGGCACCAUGAACAGAGUUAAAAAACGUAACUUCACGGAGUCCGAGCUCGAGAUUUUGGUCCACGAGGUUGAAAUGCGCAAGCAUAUGUUAUUUGGUACCCUGUCAACAGGGAUAAAUGCUAAACAAAAGAUAAAUGAGUGGGAGCGUGUUUGCGAGGCCGUCAAUUCAGUGGGGUCUCAGCAGCGCACACACUCUGAAAUUAAAAAAAAGUGGUCAGACCUCAAGGUGGAGGUGAAGCGGAGGGUUUCUGCCCACCGCCGAAGCGUGACCACAACAGGUGGGGGGACGGGAGUGGGGGAACUCUCCCCCUUCGAUUUGAGAGUGGCCGCUUUGAUCGGUGACACAGCUCUCACCGAAGUGGUGGGAGCCCAUGAAGGGGACACCGAUCAUCCCCAAGACAAGCAAGGAGAGGGCACGGAUUGCUCCGUCGGCCCCGGCGUCUCCUCCGUCGGCCCCGGCGUCUCCUCCGCCGGCCCCGGCGUCUCCUCCGUCGGCCCCGGCGUCUCCUCCGUCGGCCCCGGCGUCUCCUCCUUCGGCCCCGGCGUCUCCUCCGUCGGCCCCGGCGUCUCCAGCCCCGGCGUCUCCUCCGUCGGCCCCGGCGUCUCCAGCCCCGGCGUCUCCUCCGUCGGCCCCGGCGUCUCCAGCGUCACCGCUGACUCCGGUUUCUCCACCGGCUCCGCUGCACGCGGCGCCUCCAAUUCAUCUGCCAACCACCCGACCGGCCGUGUCCUCAACCGAGCUGUGCUGGAGUCACAGGCAGAAAUAGUCAGAGCCAUCGGUGGCAUUAAUGAUCGCCUUGAUCGGCUUAUAAAUGUACUCGGUGACAUAAGCGCGUCAAUAAAUACACUUGUGUCAAAGUAAA